AUGGACCCAGAACAAGACACGGUCGCUGAUGCUUCUAAGCUUGCUCCGAUCAUGAGCAGCAAGUCGAUUACUUUGCCUCAUCGUCCAAAGAAGGCAGGCCAUAGUGACUCUGGCCAGCAACAGGAUGAUGCUCAGCCUAUACCUGAAGAAGACGAUGAAGAAGAAGCUGAAAAAGCUGUUAAAAGCAUGGGAGACGAAGGUGGAAAGCUGGCAGCGGAGUCUACAGUCAAGUCUGUGCCUGUCACCCAACAGAAGAAGCCAAAGAAGAAGUCUAAAGGGAAGAAGGGCAAGAAACCAACUGGCUUCGAAGAAUACUAUGUUGACGCUCCCAUGACCCCAGCAGAGUAUACCGAGGAGAAAUCAAUUUAUGAUCCAUCUAAACCAGCAAUUCAAAGACAUGUCUUCACAAAGUACAUGGCCUUCGGUGGGGUCGAUGUUGGACCAAAGAUGUUCGAGGGAAACGAUCAACGAAAUCUCCAGGCGAUGGAUGCAGAGGAUAUUCUCACGGCGACAGCGACAUCUAGUAUUCCACAAGACCGUGAAAAAUGGAACGUUGAUUUUGAAACUGUUGCUAAAGGGUUUUUGUCGUCUGUUUUCCCUCAGCUGUUCGCCGUCGAUACCGAGCAGCUUGUUCAGCUAGGAACCCACACGAUCAAGAACUUUCUCAACUACAUCCUACAUCAUGAUGUCUGCCCAGAGUACCGAGACGACAUUCUGGCCGCUCGUAAAAUAACCGACCAGGCCACUGGUGAGCUUUGGAAGGCUCACCAAGCAAACGCCAAUGCGCCUGGCGAUUUCAACACUGCCUGUUCAACUCUCUUUGGCGGUUCGUUCUUUGAUUCGUACACGGAAGAACGGGAAUGGGUCGCGAAUUCAGAUAUCAUCCCAUUAAUGACGCUUACUACUGCUAGAAAAGUAGUCAAGUUUGGCAUUGCCGCUGCAGGAAGCCUCGAGCAGGCGGUCAAAUUCCGAGACCUAGCCAGUACCAAUAAACUGGGGGCGAAGCUCGUGCAUGAAGAUGGAUUUGAACUUACAGCCAUCACUCCUCCAACCACUGAAGUAACCGGCUUCUACAACAAGCAUGCCCCAGAUCUCAAGCCGAUAGGUAAAGUACAGGCUAUUGCGUGGCGUGAUCCCAGCCUUCCCGACGAGGAUAUUGCACCAGGCCAAAUGUCAACAUGCCACAGUGAUAUCAUGGAGUUUGAAUUUUAUGUCGAGCAAAGCCUUCUGCGAUUCUUUUUCAUCGGCAUGAAGGUCGAUGCAAGCGUGUGGAAACUUGACUGCGGAAUUCAUUAUUUCGACAAGUUCAUGGCUACAUAUUGCUCUUUCUAUACGGUUCUACCUAAUGAAGGGAUAUUGGCCUGGAAGCAGCCACGAGAUCUACGGGCCGACCAUAUUGUCUGGGGAACCAAGAAGGAUGGAGAAGAACAAGAUGAUGAUGAUGAUGAUGAAAAAGAAUACACUGAUAUUGAGACUAGUAAGACAAACAAUGCACUUUAG